CUUAUUUAUAUUUCAUUGUGUGAGUGAGAAAAAUAAAUUCCUUUUUAUUUCUUGAGUUUAUUUGUCUUUGUUCUAUAAAAUGAGUGACUAAAACAUUCUUUGUUAACUCCUCUCAGAAUUUUUGCUUUCACUCCUUUGCUUCAUUGAAGAAAAGAAAUGGAAGAAUUGGGUUCAUCAUGGAAUUAUCAAGAGGAUUUUGAUGAACUGAACUUGAAGCUUCAAUACACAAUAAUGGAGCUUGAAAAUGUCAAAAUGGAUGCAAUUGAACAAACAAGGAAACACAAUGAAGAAACAAAGCAUUUGCUCAACCUUUUAGAACUUGCUUACAAAGAAAGAGAUGAAGCCAAAAACCAAUUACAAAAUUUGAUCAACAAAUUAGUACCCAAUUCUCAAUUUGAAAACCCCAUUUUUUUAACACCAAAACCCAACUCAACAAGCAUCACUGAGUCAAACAGCUUAUCAGACCCGUACCACCAUCACAACAACCACAACCAUGGCGAUUCCUUCAUUGACACAGUCACUUCACCUGAUUUUUCAACCAUUAAAAUGGGUUUUUUGAACCAAACCAAUGUGCCAGGUAUUACCACCGUUGAUGGCCUUACAAAAGGUAAAAUUUUGCCUCAAAAAGGUAAGCUUUUACAAUCUGUAAUGGAAGCUGGCCCUUUACUCCAAACACUACUUGUUGCUGGUCCUUUGCCUAAUUGGAGGAACCCUCCUCCACCUUUACAAGCUCUGAAAUUCCCUACUGUUUCAGCCAAUGGUGGCACCAAGUUAGCAUCACAAGACAAUCCAAACAGAGCCGAUAUGGUUCAAAAAAGGUUUAACCAUUGUUCACCAUCUGUUUUAAACUUUGUAAGUUCAGGUUUUAGUGGUUCACAAGUGUUGAAUACAAGUGGUGCUGUGAAGAGACAAAAGGUUACUAUGACUUGAUGAAAUAAAGUUUUUUUUUUUUGUGUAAAGAUUUUUUUAAGAAUGAUUUAUGGUGUAAAUUGGAUACACCUUUUGGUUUAGGUUUUAAUUUUAAUUGUGUAGCAUAGUUAUUUAAAAUUAUUUUUAAUUUUUGGGUUAUUGAUUUUUUUCAUAUCAACCAUGUGAGUGAUAUUUUGGACAAGUAAAUGGUCUUAUAAUGAAUGGACUAUGAUCCAAGUAAUAUUAUUUUU